AUGGGUGGCGUCGAGCCCGUCAUUCACGUGCAUGCCCGCGAUUCCAUGGGCAACUCCGUAGGCAUCGUGGUGGUGCCGAUCAGCGAGCUAGUUCCAUUGGAGGUCUGGGACGUUUGGUACGCCAUGGACGAUGGCAGCGACGAGAUGGAUGAGAAGCCUCCAGAGGAGACGCCAAAGAUGCACCUCCUGCUGCAGAGCGUACCCCUGGAGGCAGCUACGCAAGAGACCAAGCAGUCGCGAGAUGUGCGAGCACAGGACUUCCUUUUGAGAGCUCUUCAGCAGCUGAAUGCGGCCCUGGAGGCGAAGGCCAGACUGUCGUAUGUCAUCACGUUUGCGCAGGAAUCAGCAAGUCAAGCGUGCACUGCCUAG